UUCGUCUCUUCUUCUCCUUUUCUGAGGGAUCUUUUUUGUUUUUGUUUUUAAUCCUCUGUUCGGAGCAGCCAUUGAAUUUUUUUAUUUAAUUGGCUACCAAAAAAAAUGGGAAUUCUCAACGACGACGCCGUUUUAAUCGAAUCGGGGAAAAACUCCGGCGAUCCCACCAUGGUUACCGUGAAUUGUCCAGACGAAUCAGGUCUCGGUUCAACUCUCUGUAGAAUCAUCCUCGAGUUCGGUCUCUCCAUUACCAAAGCAGAUUUUUCAACAGAUGGAAGAUGGUGUUACAUAGUGUUUUGGGUCAGUCCUGAUAACGGUUCUUCUAGAUUCGAUUGGGACAGUUUGAAGAACCGUCUUUUGUCUGCUUGUCCGUCUUGCUUGGGUUCCUAUUACUCCUCUCUUCAGUCCUCUAAUGUCUCUAAGCCUCCUUCUCUUUAUCUCCUCAAGUUCUUCUGCCGCGACAGGAAAGGACUGCUUCAUGAUGUUACCAAAGUUCUGACAGAGCUGGAGUUUACUAUCCAAAGAGUCAAAGUCACGACAACACCAGACGGAAGAGUUCUAGACAUGUUUUUCAUCACUGAUGCAAUGGAUCUAUUGCACACGAAGCAGAGACAAACCAAAACUUGUGACCAUCUAACAGCUGUGCUCGGAGAACACGGUGUGAGCUGCGAGAUUGAACUAGCUGGUCCGGAGCUAGAGAGUCUUCAACGAUUCUCUUCACUCCCACCUGAGGCUGCAGAUGAGCUCUUUGGCUCGGAUAUUAGUUCCCUUUCCAACAAAGUAGUUCUCACGGUUGAUAACCACUUGAGCCCUGCGCAUACGUUACUUCAUAUCAACUGUAUCGAUCAGAAGGGGCUUUUCUACGAUAUCCUCAGGACUUCUAAAGACUGCGACGUUCAUAUUGCUUACGGUAGAUUCUCAUCGAAGGUUAAAGGGUAUAGGAAUCUAGACUUGUUUGUGAGAGGUACGGAUGGGAAGAAGAUAGCUGACUCGAAACAUCAAGACAACUUUUGUUCUCGUCUUAAGGAGGAGAUAUCGUGUCCUUUGAGAGUUAUAAUUGUGAACCGAGGACCAGAUUCUGAGCUAUUAGUAGCCAACCCUGUGGAACUAUCUGGUAAAGGAAGACCACGAGUUUUCUACGAUGUCACACUCGCUUUGAAGUCACUUGGAAUCUGCAUCUUCUCCGCUGAGAUUGGGAGGCAUUCGACUUUGGAUAGACAAUGGGAAGUGUAUAGGUUUCUUUUGGAGGAGCGUCGUGAGUUUCCAUUGGCUAGCCUCAUUGCGAGGAAUCAGGUAGUGGAUAAAGUGACAAAGACACUUAUGGGUUGGUGAAAAGUGAAUGAGAGAUUUGAACGUUGUAUCCUACUCAAGAGGGGCCAAAGAAACCAAGUCAUGGCUCGAUGAAGGGUUAAGUAAGAGGUUUGUUUCAAGGGUGGUUUGAUUAGCCUUUGUGGUGGAGCUUAAGCUGAGUUGCGUUGUAAAGAUUUGGAAAAAUUGUAAAAAAAAUGGAUUAGAGCGCAAUUGCAAUGAAAUGGUUUGUAACUCACUUUGGUUUAAUCGAAAUCAUAUGUACCUGUGUUGAGUCUGCGCGAGCUGACUAGGUGGUUGGUUACAAAGGAGUCACAGUGUGUGUUGAAUGUGCGAUGGACGUGAAGAAUUGGGCAGAGCCAGGUUCGAAUAGCGAAAACCUGCACAUGUAAGCUGCAGUUUGUACAUUAGGGACGAGUAACACAAUCUGUAUUUUUAGAUUUUGUAAUCAUACUAGAAUUUAUUUGCUGGAUCAAUGCGUCACAUUAGUCAAUUUGAAUCAACAAUGGGAUCAGCACAAUUCCAUUUGUUCAUAGCCUGUUUGAGCAUUUAU